CUUAUAUAAACCCCCUCCCUCCCCCAUACCAACAUCAAAUCCGCCUUGACCAAACCACGCCCUCAUACUACUCAACCUUCUCAACUUCUCACCUCUGCAUAAAACUACUACUUCUCAACAAUCUCAACGUCAACAUCAACUCAAUACCGUCGACAAUAAAAAACAACUUCACCAAAACAAGCCAAUCUCACCAACACCACAACAAUGCGGUCCCUCCUAUCUCUCACCAUCGCCCUCCUCGGCGCCACCACAGCCGUCCUCGCCGUGCCCACUCCCACACCCAAACUCAUCACCGAAUCGUCGAGCACCACCCCGACCCCAGUACAGAUCACCGGCGCCGUCGACAACAGCCCGGACUGUGCUUCGCUGGAGGAGUACUGCAAGUGCAAGGAUGAUGACUUCCAGUGCGAGACCAACCCCAGCUGCGAGUGGUGCCGCGAGCACGACGCGUGGCCGCCUGCUAGCACUACUACCGCGACAACGACGGGUUAGAUGGGUAGAUGGGUAGAUGGGUUGUUUAUCUGUCUGCCUGUCUGCUUU